UACAUUACAUAACAUUGGACAACGAUGGAAUACCUAUGACUCAUUUGAGAUUCAUCUUCGAAGAAUCGAUUUGUAGGAAUGAUGGAACUGGAAUGAGGAAUCAGUUUUCAACUUACUGAGUUUCGCCGAUGCUGCAAUGAAGAUUACAGCGCUCCGAGCCAGUUUUGAAAACUCCUGGAAAAAAAUCAAAAUUUUUCUUCCGUUCAUUUGGCCCAAAAGUUUCCAACUUAAAAUUUAUUUCUUAUUAACUUUGGUUAUUCUAUGUGUAUCCGCAGUCAUAAAUGUGUACACUCCAAUAUACAGCAAAAAAAUUGUGGAUAGUUUGAUACCGGAAGGAAAUGAAAACUCAGAAUUUAGAUGGGAUUUCAUAUGCAUUUAUUGUUUUUUGAAAUAUCUCAGAAGUAUCAACGAUUUGAAAGAAAUAUUUUGGUCAAGAAUAGACCAUAAUGUGAAUAAGGAGAUAGAGAUUAGUGUAUUUGCCCAUAUACAAAAUCUGUCAAUAAGAUGGCAUUUGAAUAGAAAAACUGGAGAAGUAAUACAAAUCAUGGGCAAUAGUAGACACUGUAUAAGUUAUUUGUUGAAUUUGAGCGUUCUGUCCAUGAUUCCUGCAAUAGUGGACAAUAUUUUCAUUAUGGGAGUAUUUACUUACCUUUUUGAUCUAUGGUUCAUCAUUAUGCUGUGCCUUUGCAUGAUUGUUUAUUGUGUUUUCAUUGUAAUGGGAAGGGAAAAGAUUUCUGAACUCAGAAUGCAAGAGAUCUCUGCUAUUCAUAAAGUUAAGGACAAGAGUAUGGAUUCUCUUAUAAAUUUUGAAACAGUAAAAUAUUUCGGCAACGAGAAAUAUGAAGUUGAAUCCUUUAGAGGAGCUGUCGAAAUGCUUUAUGAUGGAGAAUUAACAUUGAUGAAACAAGAUUUUUUUCUUCGUGCAGUAGAAAACUUUAUAAUCGAUCUGAGUCUUAUGGUAGGAACCCUGAUGUGUGUAUACAAGAUUGUUAAAACUAAAGGAUUAACAGUAGGAGAUUAUGUGAUGUUCUGCGACUAUUUUUCACAAAUUUACAGUUCAGUAUACUUAUUCGCUUAUGUAUACAAAACAAUUAAGGGGUAUCUCGUGGAAAUAGAAAAUCUCUAUGACCUUCUAACCGAAAAACCAGAAGUAAAGGAUGCACCAGACGCAAAAUUUCUGGAGGUAACUGGAGGAGCGAUAGAGUUCAAGAAUGUAUUUUUUGAAUAUCUGGAUAAUCAACCUAUUCUGAAAAAUGUUUCUUUCCUUGUACCCCCUGGUCAAACUGUAGCAAUAGUUGGGCCUUCUGGUAGUGGUAAAAGUACAAUCGUCCGAUUAAUAUUCAGAUUUUACGAUGUUGUAUCUGGAUCUAUCUUAAUUGACGGCCAAAAUAUCAAAGAUGUUAAACAGGAAUCUUUGAGGAAAGCUAUAGGAGUGGUGCCUCAAGAUACUGUGCUUUUUAAUGAUACCAUAAAAUACAACAUAGGUUAUGGCAACCUGAAAGCAGCUGAUGAUGAAAUCGUUGAUUCGGCCAAAGGAGCCGAUAUGCACGAAGCUAUACUGAAUUUCAAGGAAGGAUACGAAACAGAGGUAGGUGAAAGAGGUUUACGCUUGAGUGGAGGUGAGAAACAAAGGGUCGCCAUUGCUCGAACAUUACUUAAAGCACCACGAAUCGUUCUAUUGGAUGAGGCCACCAGUGCUUUGGAUACUCAAACAGAAAGAAAUAUUCAGGAGUCUUUAAGUAGUAUGUGUUCAAACAGGACAACUCUCAUCAUUGCACAUAGGCUUUCUACUAUCAUCCAUGCUGAUCAAAUUUUGGUUUUGAAAGAAGGAAUAAUUGUAGAAAGGGGAAGACAUGACGAAUUAUUGGCAGAAGAAGGAUUGUACGCAUCGAUGUGGAAGUUACAGUUGGAAUCGAACAUUUCUGAAUAAAUUUCUUUACCUCGA